AUGGCGAGACUUGGCGCCCGACUCCUGGCUCUCGCCGCAAUUUUGUGUUCGUCCGCCUCUGCUGCUUCUAAAAACUACACCUCCUCGUCUGCGACAGUCCAUUGGCUCGGAGACACCCCGUCGUACCACUCCGGUGUGACCUUUGGCUUGCCAUGGCCGCAGGGGAAAUAUUGGCCCGGGAAGACCACAUUUAGUGCUGUGAGCGACACCGGGAACAUUCAGGAUUUACAGUCGUGGACGACUGGUCAGUGGGCCGAUGGCUCGCUCAAAUGGACUGGCCACGCCAUCGCGGGAUCGGACCACAUCGAUGACCAGUACACCAUCACAGCGUCGUCUCUAGGGUACACCAGCCACUCUCCUUCAUCGGUACGGCGUGGAAAGAGCACCAACACUAUUGCAGUGACGGAAAGUUUGGAUGCAACAACUGUCAACACCGGCCAACUUACCGUUUCGUUUCCCAAGGAAGGCAAUAUCGUUGUCAGUGCCAUCAAGACCGCGAAGGGAAAGACAAUUGCAGAGAACGGAAGACUUGUCCUUCAAUCACAGAAUUGGGCUCCGGACAGCUCUGAUAGCCGGGGGAAUGCGUCAAUCCAAUACUCUAACUUUGGCAGCAGCAUCGAUGAGGUCACUGUGAACCAAAGCUCGGUCCGGGCCCUCGUCACCGUCCGCGGCAAACACAAACUCACCGACGGUGCUGCCCACAACCCGUGGCUACAAUUUGUUCUCCGAUUCUAUCUCUAUGCCAACUCGAGCUCAGUCAAGGUGUUGCACAGCAUCGUUUUUGAUGGAGACGCCGACAAGGAUUUCAUCACUGGGCUCGGUAUUCGAUUCGAUGUUCCCUUCAAAGGUGAAGAGCAGUAUAACAGGCACGUCAGGAUUGCCGGUGUAGACGGCGGCAUCUUCACCGAAGCCGUCCAGGGAAUCACCGGGCUGCGGAGAGAUCCCGGCGAAGAGGUUAGGACCGCUCAGUACGAAGGUCGCGAGCUGCCAGACGCAGACACUUGGGACACCCGGGUUACCACCCGGCUCAAGUGGAUUCCCACCUGGGGAGAUUACAGCCUAACUCAACUUACGGCUGAUGGAUUUACCUUGAAAAAACGGACCAAGCCGGGUCAGUCGUGGGUUAAGGUUCCCAGCGGAGCACGUGCUGAAGGUCUCGCCUAUCUUGGCGGUGCUACGCAGGGAGGUUUCGCUAUCGGAUUGCGCGACUUCUGGAAACGCUACCCGUCCGGUCUUGAUAUUUCCAACGCUGCAUCUGCUACGGGGGAUAUUACCCUAUGGCUUUACAGCCCUGCCGCAGAGCCGCUGGAUCUCCGGCCCUUCCAUGAUGGCUUGGGUGAGGACGGAUAUGAGGAUCAAUUGGAUGCUCUCGAGAUCACCUACGAGGACUAUGAACCCGGCUUCAAUACCCCCUACGGAAUCGCCAGAACCAGCGAAAUUUACCUGUUCGCAUUUGACGAGACUCCGACCAGUGCAUUACUCGCCGACCUCACGACUUAUAUCAACAGCCCUCCCGUUCUAGUACCCGAGCCGGAAUAUAUCCAGGAAACCCAAGGUCUGGGUGGGUACUGGACCGUCGCCAAUAUUGACAGCGACGCCUCAAAAUUACUUGAAGAACGGUUGAAGUUCAUUCUUGACUUCUACCGCACCCAGAUCGAGCAGAGACGCUGGUACGGUUUUUUAGACUACGGCGACUUCAUGCACACGUACGAUACUGACCGACACACCUGGCGGUACGAUGUCGGAGGCUACGCCUGGGACAACUCUGAGCUUUCCCCAGACCUCUUCUUCUGGAUGUACUUCCUUCGUACAGGCCGUGAAGAUGCAUACCGUUUCGCAGAGGCCCUGACACGGCACACGGGCGAAGCCGAUGUGUACCACAUCGGCGACUGGAAAGGUCUGGGCACGCGCCAUGGUGUCCAGCACUGGGGCGAUAGUGCUAAGCAGGCGCGCAUCUCCCAGCCGCAAUACAGGAAGUAUUUAUUUUACCUCUCUGGCGGAGACGAGCGAAUUGGGGAGUUGCUGGAGGAGUUACUGGACACGGAUAAGACAUACGGGAUUCUCGAUCCAGACAGGAAGGUCCGCACCGACGGCUGGUCACCGAGCCCUAAUUCGACAGUGGCAUUCAGCCUCGGGACCGACUGGUCGAGUCUCGCUGCAGGGUGGUUAAUUGAGUGGGAGCGACGCGGCCCGAGAUGGCAAGAAGCCAAAAAGAAACUGACGAACACAAUCUCAGGAAUUGCAAACCUGACGAACGGCUUCGUGACCGGGUCAGGGCUGUACGACCCGGAGACUUGGACGCUGGGUCCUCCCCCGGCGGACCCCAAAAACCUUGGCAACGUAUCCGUAUCGCAUCUCUCCGCUGUGUUCGGACUUCCGGAGGUGGUUUCAGAAGCUAUCGCGUAUUUGGGUGACAAUCUACCGGAUGGGUUCAAGGAUGCCUGGCUGGACUACUGCUACUACUACCAUGCUUCGGCAGCUGAGCAGAAAGCCCGGUAUGGAGUCAGUUUCGGGUCGCAAAGCCUUUACCAGGCCCAUUCCCGGCUGGCAGCGUAUGCGGCGUACGAGACACGGAAUACAAGUCUCGCGCUACGGGCUUGGAAGGACUUUUACACGGGUGAUGGAAUUGCUGCCAAUGCAUCGUGGAGUGUCACGCACGUUAAUGGAAGCGCUUCUUUAGUGGCCGUCGAUGAGGUGGAAUGGUUGGCGACAAAUGAUAUCGCGCAGUAUGGGCUUGCGGUCAUUCAAAACCUGGCGUAUAUCCCGAGUGCGCUUGAUGAAUAUGGAUCGUGA